AUGGAAAUGUGCCAACAAAACGUUCACAACCGUCAAAGCAUCCCGAGGAAAGGCGCGUGUAAGCCAAAUGUGGCGGCCAAGUGGAAUACGCCCAUCGAAGUGGCGGACGGGGCUUUAUUGAAUUUCGACGGAACUGUCAAUGGCAAUGUCAAUCAUGUCCCGCCCUGGUCAUUCCGCCUUCGCGGCCUCGACCUACGGCUUCCGAGUAACUCUAGCCUGACGGUCGAUUUAUUCACUGGGGCGGUCCCGCGGACAUCCGCGCAGCCCACAGAGCCGGCGAUGGUGAAAUUACACUACAAAUUAGAAAAACAAGACAUCAAACAUCAGUUGGCAGCACGCAUAACCAUCCAGUGGGUAAUUGAAUAA